CAAAUUAUUUCCUUGGGGUAUUUACUCAAUAAUCUUUUGAAUUAGAUGAUUUAAUCAAGCACUAAUGGUAUUGUGAAUAAUGCAUGUAAUGAUAAUGUGUGCAGAAUCCUUCGAUUUUUUUAGUGCCCACAGUGUGUUCUGCAAUCGCAGGAAAUGAAUAAACAUUAGUUCCAUGCUGUAAUGUUUCAUGGGCAGAUAUGUAACAAUCAAAAAGCUGUUUUAUGUACUAGUAAAGAAGACUCGGUACAUUUUCCAUUCGUUUUCUCAGGAGUAUAAAAUCAUAUGAGUGAGAAAAAGUAUUUCUUGAAAUAAGGAUAGUGUCUCCAAGUUCAUCAAUAUUUCCACUUCUAACUUACUAUGAGGCUUUGGUCAAACUGCAUAAUCCUUGUACAGAGCAAGCAUAAUGUUUUCUUUCUAUGCAUAGGACCUGAUGGGUUAUGUGCUGUCCUCACUGCUCCCUGGAAGAGAGCCAAAGACAAUGAUGGUGGUUAUUAUAGGUGUGCUAGAAAUAUGCUCUUGUUUUUAGGAUCACCCUAUGAUUGGCUAAAGAAAGAUGGCACGUGACUAGCUUCAGAUUGUUAAGAACCAUUUUGAAACCUGGGCACGUGCCUGACUCAGAUUUAAAGGGCCCAGUCCUGGUGGAAAGGAGGUUAAUUCUGCAUUGUCUUUCAUGUAUUUUUGAAUUAUCAGAGGAAAGAUUCCAGAGUUUCAUUACAGGACAAUUUCCAGCAGCUGCCAGCCAAAGAAACAGAUGAUAUCUAAUGUCGGAACCACUUCAAGAUCAUAAACUAUAAGCCUCCCAGCCCUGACUUGGAGGAUAAAGAUCAGAUGGUGACUGAACAGAAGCUGCCCGGGUCCUGGGUCCAUGAUGUACGCACUAAAAAUACUAUGACAGCAAGGACCAUGUAUUUUCAUUUUAUUCACUGUGUAAACUUGGUGUUUAUGAAAUAAUUGUUUGGCCAGUGCGAUAUUCAGAAGCUGAUUACCCACGAAUUGAUUAUCAAAGAAGAGAGCAAUUUUGGGACCCUAUAAGGCUAACUCUUUUCAUAUUGGCAAUUGUAGCAAUCAUAGGAAUUGCGAUUGGUAUUGUUACUCAUUUUGUUGUUGAGGAUGAUAAUUCAUUCUAUUAUCUUGCCUCUUUUAAAGUUACAAAUAUAAAAUACAAAGAAAAUUAUGGAAUGAGAACUUCAAGAGACUUUAUAGAAAGGAGUCAUCAGAUUGAGAAAAUGAUGUCUAGGAUAUUUCGAAAUUCUUCUGGAGAGGGUCGGUUUAUCAAAUCUCAUGUCAUCAAAUUGAGUCCAGAAAAAAACGGUGUGAACAUUCUUAUGGUGCUCGUGUUUCGAUACCCAUCUACUGACAACACUGAGCGAAUCAGGAAAAAAAUUGAAAGGAUUUUAUAUCAAACUAUGAAGACGAAACAGUUGCCUCUGACUAUAAACAAACCAUCAUUUACACUUACAUCUAUUGACCGCAAAAAGAUGAGGAAUCUACUCAAGAGCCGCUGUGGAAUAAGGAUGACAUCUUCAUAUAUGCCAUUAUUAGCAUUCUCUUCUACUGAAAGGAUUGUCCAAGGAAGGAAAACUUCCAUGGAAGGAGAGUGGCCAUGGCAAGCCAGCCUCCAGCUCAAAGGCAAGGGCCACCAGUGCGGAGCCAGCCUCAUCAGUAACACGUGGAUGCUCACAGCAGCUCACUGCUUCCGCAAAAAUAAAGACCCAAGUCAAUGGAUUGUUACUUUUGGUACAACCAUAACACCACCUGCGGUGCAAAGAAGUGUGGGAAAAAUUAUCAUUCAUGAAAAUUACCAUCAAGAAACAAAUGAAAAUGACAUUGCUUUGGCUCAGCUUGCUACCCGUGUUGAGUUUUCAAAUGUAGUUCAGAGAGUUUGCCUUCCUGAUUCAUCCAUAAAGUUGCCACCUAAAACAAGUGUAUUUGUGACAGGAUUUGGCUCCAUUGUAGAUGAUGGACCUACACAAAAUCACCUUCGGCAGGCCAGGGUGGAAACCAUAAGCACAGAAGUAUGUAACAGAAAGGAUGUGUAUGAUGGUCUGGUAACCUCAGGAAUGUUAUGUGCCGGAUACAUGGAAGGAAAAAUAGAUGCAUGUAAGGGAGAUUCUGGUGGACCUCUGGUUUAUGAUAACCAUGAUAUCUGGUACCUUGUUGGUAUAGUAAGUUGGGGACAAUCCUGUGCUCUUCCCAAAAAACCUGGAGUCUACACAAGAGUGUCUCGGUAUCGAGACUGGAUUGCCUUAAAGACUGGCAUCUAGUGUGAACUGACCAUGAAUUAUGCCCAUGGCACACAGAGCUAAAACUCCUGCAUAUUGUGUAUUAUUUACAUUCUUGUGGUUUGGAUCAGUGCUUUGGCUGGAUGUCUGGAAGUCCUUCAGACUCAGACCAAUCUAAUAUCAUGAGGUGGACACUGCGCACAUGUGACAGGACUCCUCUAUGUUAAAAGAAGAAGACAUGGAAAAUGACAAGCAGCACCAACUCCUCACUCACCAGAGAAACUGUUUGUGAUCUUGUUCAUCAGAUGAAUAUUUACAAAUGACUUCCCCUAAUUGAAGAAGGGGACCAUCACCUUCCACAGGAUAUGAGUUGCUGCCAGGGCUGUCAAAAUCUUACUUCAUAUAGUACCCAGAGCACUUGGGGUUCUUCUGACAAAGAAUCAAACAGCAGUCUUCCCUGAGGAUUCAGGGCUUCAACACUUUAGAACAGAUGACUAGACAUUCAGUGGCUAGAAUGGAGAAGUGUGGGAUCUGCAACACAAUUAGAACUCUAUACCCUGGGCUUAUAAAUGAUACAAAGAGCAUUAACAUUAACCACAAGAGUUGCCAUUUAAAAGACAUUUAAAUGUAUCUGAACUUACUGCUAACAUUGGGUUAUACACAUAAGCACUAGUUUUAAGGUGCAUGCUGCAUUAUUAAUAAGCAUUUCCAAUAUACUCUCUAACAUCUUGCCAUCUUACAUCAAUUGGAGCUAUACCAAAAAAGAGAAUAAGAAAGACUCAUGGGAGUGCUUUUCCAUGGGUACAAGGAGGAUAAAAAGAACCGAUUGGACCAAGACUAGAAGAAUUGGUUUCAAAUUAUUAAUAACAAAACAAGCAUUCUUUAGAUUUUGUGUAGAAUGAGACAUCCAAUUAUUUAUUUAGAAACACCUAUAUCAACAUGUGGUAACGGAUGACUCUGUAAGUCUUCCAUCCUCUGACAAGUCAGGUGUCUAUCAGAAUGUCAGGUUGGAAGAGAUGACUUGUACACAGCACUCAGGACAGUGCCUGUCAUAUAUUACAUACUAUAUAAAUGUUUGCCGUAAUGGAAAGGAAUGCUUCUAUGAAUUUUCAGAUGAAACUCAUUUAAUUUGUCAAAUGAGUGAAUGAUUUUGGGGCUUAAAUCAGCUUCAGGCCUAGUGGUGGAGAGCAUAGGCUUCUUCAGAACCAGGCUGUCAGAGCUUAAACCUUGGCUCUGCUGAGUACAAGCUGUGUGUCCUUAAUGUCUCUCUCUGUGCAUUAGCUCUUUCAUCCCUACAAUUAGAAUAAAAAUGGUGCCUACCUCAUAUCAUUAUGAGGAUCAAAUGCAUUAACAUAAGUAAAGCACUUAGGACAAUGUCUGCUGUACACAGCAGGCUCUCAAUAUGGACUAGCUGCUAUAAAUUAUUGUGUUUUGGACUCAAUAAAACAAUAUACUUUUUAAAAAUUUGCUUCUUUAAAAUCAUAUCAUUGAUUUCAGAAUACUUUCAAUUGCUUUGUAAAAAAGUAAGGUGAAUUACUAUGUUGUCAAAACAACUGUUUAUGUCUCAUUAAUAUAUAUUCAACAAAGUCUGCUAAUACGCAAGCAGUCACAGGAUGCCAGGCCAUUCUGUCACUAGUGUUGUGAAUACAGACAUGCAGCUAUAUUCAUAUCCAGGUCUCCAAUGCUGGAUUUGUUGUCCUGAUUUAUCAGAGAAAAAUCUAGUCUCUUAGUUUCUUUAAUGACUGACACUUUUAAUUUACAUGUAUGUGUGAUAUAUGUAAUAUAUGUAAAUAAGAUAAAUAUAACUACAAAUACUCCUAGCUAUUAUUUAAUAUCAAUACUAAGGUAUCAUAAAUACAAAAGGGUCAUCCAUACACACUUUCCUUUGGAAAAGAGGAUGUCACCAAAUUUCUGAGUUGAUGACUACUAACAACUAAAUAUCCACAGAAAAAGUAGAGUACCAGCUUAAAUCCUGAUAGUUCCUAUUACACACAGAGAAAAAGCCAAAGACUUCUGGAGAAUUUAUGGCAUUCAAAUAUUCAAGAUGUGUUUUAUUAAUGACAUACCUUUUUAUAUUAGACUUACCUGGACAUUAGAAGGGAUAAGAUAACAAAUAUCUCUACCAAGAAAAACUUAUCUACUAUGUAAUUUCUAUAAGAAUGGAUACGUGAUUUUGUGUGUCGAUAUGUCAGAGACUGUGAUUACCUUUUGCAUAUAAAUGUAUGUGAAAACUACAUGUACUUAUUUAAAUAAUCAUAUGAUUAAUUCAACUCAAUGAUAUUUUAACACAAAUGAGAAAAAUACGAAUAUAGGAAAAUCUAAGGAAUAGAAAAGUAGAUUUUUAAAAUAGGAUUUGUAUGUCCUAUUUUUAGUUUGAUUCUGCCCUAUUGAGUUGUGUUAUGGGAAUCACACAAUAGCUUUGCCUCAUGUUUUCCAUCCAUAAUAUGGGACAUUAAGCUAUCUACCUCAUGGCAUUGUUGUGAGGCUUUCUUGUUGAAUAAUAAGGUUGAAAAAUUAAGGAAUGUCUGAAACCUGCUCAAAAAAUGCAAAAUACAUUACUGCAAAUUGAUAUCAGUACAGAUGAUGCUACAAAUGCAUCAAAAGGUGCUCUUUUUUUUACAAUAUUGGCAUUUUUAUUUAUCAGUAGUAUUGCUUUGUGAAUUUUGCAAAUAUACCGUGGUUAAAAAAAAACCUGGGUGUUGUUUCUUAUGCUAUGAAUGCUCUUUAUAAUAAUACUCACAUCUUGGAGUUCCCGUCAUGGCACAGUGGUUAACGAAUCCGACUAGGAAC